AUGAUAGAAUUUAGGGAUACAGAUUCGGCCAUAACGGCCUUACAUUUAACUGGUGUGGAAAUCGGUGGUCGAUCGUUGAUGGUUUCAUCAACCGCUCUUAGUGUUAAUGUGAACUCAUAUCAACCGCCUCCGACUUUACCUCAACUGCUUCCACAAAAUAUAUCUCCACCUAGACCACUUUCGACGAAACAACCACAAUCGAUUCCUCCCCGACCAUUGGUACAACCUUUAGCUUUGUCAUUUUCGGCAACUUCACUGGCUGCAAUAAGAGCAAACCCUUCUAUUUCUCCGACUGUUGCUCAAUUCGACCCGGCUAAAGCGGAAGAAAUUUCGAGGACCGUGUACAUCGGAAAUAUCAAUUCUUCGAUAUCGGAACCGGAGUUAACGCAGUUCUUUUCGGCAUGUGGUCCGGUCGCUUACGUGAAGAUGGCCGGGGAUCCAGCCCAACCGACAAGAUUUGCAUUCUUGGAGUUUGCAACUUUCGAAGGUGCCCAAGCCGCUAUGCAGAUGAAUGGUGUUAUGUUGGUCAAUCAUUCGAAGAACGCGAUCAACAAAACUCCUAAAAAAACCGAUUCUACCGAUGUUCAAGCAACUAUGCGUCGAGUUAGAGAGGCACAGUUGAGAAUCGCUAAUCGAUUAAAUACAGACGGGCCGACGGCGGACAACUCUCCGACAUCUAUGAAUGAUGUCGAAAUGAUGGACGCCAACUCACCUGCUGCUGCCGAAACAACCAUGCCCCGCAGUCGGUCAAAAUCUGUUAGACGCAGUAGAACUAUAUCUAAAUCGAGGAGCCGGAGUAGGCCUAGAAGACGUAGAUCAAGAUCUAGGGAGAGAGGUAUGGGUGAAUCAUAA